GAGCCAUCGCGACUCUGGGGCUUGGAAAUGGUUAUCCCAACAGCCCUACCAUGACAUAACUACCGACAAAGCACGCGAUGCAUUCUUCGCAGCAAGGAGCAGAAUGUGGAAACGUUCAGUCUAUCUCCCUAGAGCCCGAAGGCGUUCCAUUGCCUGCAUUGCCUGCGCGCAUGCCCCGAGGGUCCCCUCCGCAUACCACCCCCCCUCAUCGAUAACGCCGUCCUCCCACCAGCGUCGCUACUUCCAGGAGUACUUCAUCACUCACAUACCCUCGACGUCCUUGCAUCCAGACUCGCGAUCACCGCAACCCAGCCUGCACCACAAGCUCCCGCGCGACAAGAGCACACCUUACGAUGCCGGCAAGUCGAACCGGUCGCCGGCUGCCGUGGUGGGCACGUCGCGCGAGAUGACGGUCGUGAGGAUACCAUUGAAGAGCGCCAAACAUCAUUUUGGGGUCUCACUAUCGCGAGGAACACGGCCGUACAACGAAGAUGCCUUCCAGGCAGGCACCAUCGACCUCCCCGCUUUCGCGAAACGGCGGCCAAUGUCGUUGACAAGGAAUUCGAAUAGAGAUGAAGUGACACCCAACGUAGGCGCCAGUGGAGACCCCCAGGUCUUCUACUUUGGUGUGUUUGACGGGCAUGGUGGUGCUGAGUGCUCUGGCUUCUUGAGAGAGCAGUUGCACGUCUACCUUGAGAAGGCGACACAAUUAUUCGAGCUGAAGAGUAGCUUGUUGCGGGAAAGAAGCACAGGACAACCAAGCAGCUUAGGGGAUAGGGACUAUGGAUCACCACCUGCGGGCCGGGCGAAGAAAGAUAAAGAGAGCUUAGAGGCUGUCCAGAUGCAUACGCCGCCGGGAACAGAGCCGCUGAAGCCACCACAACCAGGAAGUAAAGAAGGAACGCCCACUGCAGGCUCCAAGAGUAUGGAAAGACCCAUAGAUGGCGACGAACCGGUCAAACAGUCUGAUAGCAUAAAGAAGGCUGAAGAGCUGGAACUGCGUCUGGUCCGAGAGUGGAAAGAAUUGGUUGGAGGUUACUUCAGGCGUUUCAAGCCAGAGUUCUUCGCCACGACUGCAGGUGGAUAUGGCCAUCCGGCCGAGAAAAAAGCCAUGUCCAAGGGCCAUACAGCCAGCCCUUCAACUGAUAUAGAGGAGGGUAUUGGCAUUGAGACGGUACUGGAGUAUGCAUUCCUCAAAGCCGACUACGACUUCGUUGCUGCUCAAGUUGGCAAGAAGGAAGAAGACCCCGUUCGUGCAGACAAGGCUCUCAACGAUGAUGACAUUCUAGGACAUCCCUCGCGCACUAGCAAGAACAUUGGCGGCACGACACGCUUCAAAGGGGGCAGUACAUGCAGCAUCGCUCUUAUUUCUACCCCUACGCCUUCGCCAUUUUGGCACCCCUCGUCACCAUCCUCUCUCAUCACUGCGCAUGUCGGCGAUACAAGGAUCCUUCUGUGCAACACUGCAACUGGGCUAGCCGUACCACUGACAUCGAACCACCACCCUUCGCUGCCGGAAGAAGCCACACGUCUCCGCCGCUUCGCCGCUGCCUUUGUGACUGACUCAUUUGGCGAAGAGCGCAUCUCUGGGCUUGCCAACACGCGCGCCUUUGGCGACAUGGCCUCGAAGCGCGUGGGCGUAUCCGCGGAGCCUGAGAUCCGACGCAUUGAGCUCUCGCCCGCCGAGUACUCGUUUCUAAUCCUGUGCUCCGAUGGCGUCUCCGGGCACCUGUCAGAUCAGGAGAUUGUCGACAUUGUCAAAGAGGCCAAGACUCCCGAACAGGCGGCAAGAGAUGUAGUCAGCUUCGCCGUGGAGACGUCGACGGGCAAUGAAGGUGCGGACAACGCAACUGGGCUGGUAGUCAGGCUGGGCGGGUGGGAAAGAAGAGGCGAAGGAGGAUUGGGCAGUAUAGGGACCAAAGAGAUGCGGGACUGGCGGAGGCAAGAGGCGGAGAAUCCCAGGGCUAGUGGGCGGAUGUAAGCUUCUCUUGUUGGUCAUGAUGCGGUGUAAUUCUUCUUGGGCAUAUUUGAUGCGACUCUGAGUAUGGGUUUGCAUAUCUGGCGUUUGGUGCGAUGACCGCGGUUGUAUUGCUUGCUUGCUUGCUUGCUUGCAUUGUAGAUAGUACCUAGCACUUGAAGGGAUACAUAUUGAGCCUACUCCAUCCUUCAUGUGCCCAUCAUCAUGUACCCUACAUAUCUGACAUCGACCCUUCUUCGUCG